GUCUGUUUUCGGAAUGCCAGACGGGAGCCUCUGUGAGACUCGGUUUCAGACAUUUGGGUCGAGAGGGCUCUAGGCAUCGGUACAUGGCUUUGAACAAGACACUAUCAGCCGCACUCCCUCCCUGCUCAAAGAAUUGAUGCUCAUUAUCAACGGACAUCCACCCUUCUUUCGCAUCUUUUCGACUUUGCUAGUACAGUAGUAUAUUCGCUUCAUCACGGUAAAACCCCGGGCUUCGGGGUAUCUCUCGUUGUAUCAACCUCUUUCCAACCGAGUAUGACCGAGGCUCUCCUCAUGAAACAAGAUAUUGUAGAUAGUCCCGAUUGGCUCCGUUGACGACUUCGUCCUUCCUCCCAAACCUGUAAGUGCCCUGAUGUUGAACUCUCAAAAUGAGGUCCAUUCGCGUUCCCAGUGUAAGAAGAAUCUCUUCUUUCCUUGCCCGUCCGUCUGUCUCGGUCUUGCCUAGAACAGCACAAUGCUACUUCCUAGCGAGAGAAUCUCAGCCGACACAACAACGACACUUCACAAAGACUACACGUUGCCGCCAAGUGGCGAGUCCACCUAAGCCGCAGGAGGAGAACGAAGGAGAAGGACAACCUCGAAUAGGCUGCACAAUCACCACCCAACCCGACGGCAGCGAGACAGCCAAAAUCUACAUCGCAAACGAAGCUCGCCUCAACUCCCUAGGAUCUAACCUCCUUCAAACCCUCAAAAAGACAUGCCACGACCUCUCCUCUCGCGAAAAGCUCCGAGUCGUCGUGUUCACCAGCGCCAGGACCAUCGACACCAAAAUCCCCGCGUUCUGCGCCGGCGCCAACAUCCGCGAGAUGGCGGCGCUAACAUCCCAAGACGAAGCUAGAAAGUUCAUCACCGGCAUCCGCGACGCCUGUCAAGCUCUCCGUGACAUACCCGUCGUCACAAUAGCGCGCAUCCACGGCCUAUGUUUUGGCGCUGGUCUCGAACUCGCGGCGUCAUGCGAUUUCCGGUACGCCACGUCCGACUCCAGAUUCAGCAUGCCCGAGGUCGUCCUGGGAAUUCCAUCCGUUGUUCAGGCACGUCUUCUCGCCAACAUUAUCGGCUGGCAGAAGACCAAAGAAUUGGUCUAUAUGGGCACGCACCUUGACGGGGCCGCUGCAGCGCAAUGCGGCUUGAUCGAUCAAGGCUACAAGGGACCAGGCGAGCUUGACGCAGCGUUGGAUGAGAUCGUGGGUAAUCUCGUGUCGCAGGGCCCACAGGCGAUGAGAGCGCAGAAGCGACUGGUACGGUUGUGGGAGGAAAGCGAUCUACAAAUUGGUGUCGAUGCAGGAGUUGAUUCGUUUGCUAGUAUGUGGAAGGACGGCGGGUCUGAGCCCAAGGAGUAUAUGAAGAGGUUUACCGAGAGACAGCGGAAACCGAAGAGCUGAUUCUCAAGACCUAAGGUCGACUCAGGUAUAGAUUCAGUCCAAGACCUCAGCAUGGUCAGCAGCAAGCAGCGAUCAAACACGAUGAACAUGAACCAGAGGUACUCGGAUCAGAAUGUGUGGUCGAUGAUGAUGCGGCCACAGGUCC